UUCACCUUUUCUCUUGAGUAGCUUUCAUCUUUUCACCAACACGUAUACAUAACUUUCUCUAAAAGCACCAAUUUAACAAAGAAAAUGGGAAGGUCACCAUGUUGUGAUAAAGCUGGACUCAAGAAAGGGCCGUGGACACAAGAAGAGGAUGCUAAACUCACCCAAUACAUUCAAAUACAUGGACCAGGAAAUUGGCGAACCCUUCCCAAGAACGCUGGGCUGCAACGAUGUGGUAAAAGUUGUCGUCUUCGAUGGACAAACUACUUGCGGCCUGAUAUCAAGAGGGGAAGAUUCUCGUUUGAAGAAGAAGAGACCAUCAUACAACUACAUAGUGUUCUCGGAAAUAAGUGGUCAGCAAUCGCUGCUCGGUUGCCUGGAAGAACCGAUAAUGAAAUCAAGAACUACUGGAACACCCACAUCCGGAAAAGACUACUCAAGAAUGGAAUUGACCCCGUGACUCAUCGUCCCCGUCUAGAUCUCUUAGACCUUUCGUCCAUACUCCAGUCCGCUUCGUUCAAUCUCUCAAACCUUUUGAACAUCCAAACCCUAGUGAAUCCACAAGUUUUGAGGCUUGCCACUCUCUUGGCAUCAUCAUCAUCAAAUCAAGAAAACAAAGAGUUGUUUCUUAAUAACAACCUAUAUCCUAUGAACCAAAACUCUAGUGAACAAACCACAAAUGUCACUUCACUUCUUCCAACAGAUCAAAUAUGGAACCAAGCUACCCACAUGCAAGUAAACAAUGGCCAAUACUUUCCAGAUAAUUUGGUGAACCUUAAUGGCCAAACUAGUCAAGAAAACUUAUUACCUCCUUAUUUGAUGGAUAAUUCUAUUAUCAAUCCAAAUUACAGCGAACAGAUUACAUCGCAAGUGUCUGAUAACUCAAGCUUCCACCCAUCAAAUAGUGACAACAAUUUGGACAUGGGUUCCAUUUUUCCAACACCCAUCUCAAGUUCAACACCAUUAGACUCGUCUUCGAUGUUCAUCAAUGGCAGUACCACUGAGGAUGAGAUAGAAAGCUACUCCGGCAACAACUUUAGUUUCCAGAUUCCAGAGAGUUUGGAGUUUGAUGAUUUUAUGUAGUAGAUAUUAAUGUAAAUUAAACCUGUGAAUGGAACAUGCGGUUGUUCUUGUUGUUUUCUCUUAUUUUGUGGAAGUGGACAUGCUACAUUAAGAUCA